UACUUAUAUAAAUAUAAAUAAGAAAAAGAAGAAAAAAAUAAGGAAAAAGAAAUAAAAAAAGAAAAAAAGAAAUCAUGGUUCUUAAUUUAGUGUCAGAAGAGAAUGGAUUGGAUAUAUCAUUUAUUUCAUAUGAUGUAACAUUUAUUGAUAGGUGUGCACAAUUUACGGUUACGUUAAAAUAUAAAAACAUAUCGAGUUUACCAUUACCAUUAAAAUUUAAAAAUGACCAUAGGGAUUUAGGUAUAUUAAUACAAUUGGAAACUAAAAUUGGAGAUAAUGGUGGAUUUAAAAUUGAAAACAAUACAACAUCCAUUUACCCAUUAUUAAACUUACCAACAUUUAAUGAAGACCAACCAUCUCCUUCAACCACUACACCAUCAUCACCAAAUAGUAUUGCUGAAGUUGAAGAGCUAAUUAAAAAACUAAGCAUAUAUGAUGACAGCACAACCACCAAUAUGAAUAUUGUAGAUUUAUUACCAGGUAAAGAGAUCACCAUGACAAGCAAAUAUUUAAAAGAAUUACCAGUUGAUAGAUUCGAAGAUAAACAGCCAUUCAUAUCAAUUGUUAUACCGAAACAAACUUCUAUAACAUCACCCUUUCCACCAAUUAAAAUUCAAGUUACCACCAAUGGUGAGGUUAGCAUCCCUCUUCACUCUGCGGCAUGUCCAUCACAUCCAUCAUCUGUCACAUCACUAACACUUUGCGAAAACAAGGUCUCAUCAACACACGAAAUCAAUUCAAAUAGUUUAUUAAAUUCAGAUUUUAAUCUUAUAGUUGCAUUGGAAAAAGAAUUAAAUCAUUGCGGAUGGCAAUACAAUUUUCAAACAACCACAUCACCAUCAAUAUUAUCACCUCCAUUGUCACCAUCAUCCAAUGAUACUCCAUCAUCCAAUAAUAACAAUAAUAAUAAUAUACAAGUAUCCUCAACAAUAAUAAAUAUAUGUCAAGAAUUACAAAAGUCGCCAAUCGAUAAAUUAUUUAUUAAUAAUGUAGAAUAUGAUAAUAAAUCAAAUUUAAAUAACUUAAUUUUUUAUACAAUUGAAACUAAUAAUAAUAAUAAUAAUAGUGAAAAUAAUAAUAUUAAUAAUAAUGUAACAUUAAAAUAUAAUAAUAAUGAAUAUAAUGUUUUAUUAAAGAAUACAACAUCAAAACAAUUAUCAAAUAUAUUAAAUAAAUAUUCAUCAUUAUCAAAAAUUCAACAAAUUUUAACAAAUAGCAAUAACAAUAACAGCAACAAUAAAGUAGAUAUAGGUUUAUUAUUAAAUUUUGUAUUUAUAUCACCUGAAAUCCCAACAUCAAACUCAAGCUCACCAUCAUCAAACUAUGCAUCACCAUUAUCAUUUUCAGCACCUCCUGAACGUAUGGGCAACAACAAUGGCUCUGUUAAUAAUCCUUUGUCAACAUCAAAUAUUCAAUUACCAAAUAGUUUUAAAUUGAAAUCAACAAAAAACAACCCAGUUGGAUUACAGUUAUCAGGUGAAUCACUUUCAAAAGUUUUAGCAAAUUUACCAAGAGCAAAACCAUCACAAUCCAGUACAGCACCACCAACUAUGGGUAAAGUUUCAAACCCAAUUGCAGAUUUUAUAGCUUCAAGAGGGGUUACUGGUGGUGCAUCACUAAACCCCAACUCAAAAGACUCAAAUUCUACAGGCGGCGGUAAGACUCUUAAAAAGCCACCACCAAAGUUAGGUUCAUCUGUGGCUGGUGGUCAAGUUGGAGGAAAUUUAGCAAAUUUAACCAAUAGCGCUCCUGCUGGAAAUAGCAAUACAUUACCAACAAGUGGUAGUAACGAUGACCUCAGCGGUAUGAGUAGUACAGAUAUUCGUUCAUCUAGAUUAGCAUCUUACAACAAAUUAAAUAAAAUGUGGAAUGUUACAGUUUCAGAUUUUGCAGAGAGACAUAGUAUCGAAUCACACGAGUUGGAAGCUUUUGCAUUGGAAUGUGGUUUAAAUUAUAUUAAAUCAAGAUGGUGGAAAAAAAAUAGAAUUGCCACUCUUCAAGAAAUACUAGUUGUACGUUCUUUAGUUGGCAAUAUUAUAUAUAAUCCUCAAAUCUAUUUAGCUUGUGGCCGUAAUAGUUUAUUAAAUAUUCAAGUUGUUAAUAAUGGUGGUAAUAGUUUAGAUAAUAGCAGUAAUAAUAGUAGUUGUAAUAAUAGUAGAGAAACAUCACCAAUUUUAUCACCAAACAACAAUAGCGACACUGAACAAACUCCUCAACAACCCACAACACCAAAAGCAAAACCACCCCCUUCAAACUUUUUAUUAUCAAAAACCAGUUUUACAGAUUUAACAAAACUCAUGAAUAAAUCAUCAUCAUCAUUAUCAUCAUUAACUCCACCACCACAAACCUUAUCACCACCACUUAAUACAACCACAACCACAACAACUUGUACAAAUUUAAAUAAUAGUAACAAUAAUAAUAAUAAUAACUUAUCAACAUCGUCAGAAUCAUCCUCGACAACAACAAUGGAUGACUUGGAUCCUGUAAAAUUAAAAUGGAUAAUCGAAGAAGUUUUAGAUAGCGAAAAGAAUUUAUUUGAAAGAAUGACGUCACCAAAUCAAGAAAAUUUGAAUUCUAAAAAUGACCACUUAUGGUUUACAACUAGCGUAGGGGAAAGCAAAGGUGGUAGACCACACAUGGAAGAUAGACAUGUCAUCAUAGAGUAUCCAUAUGAUUUUUAUGGACUAACUGAAGAAAAUGGUGUAGAAGGUGGCGUUCAAGAUUCACAAUUCUUUUUUGGUGUUUUUGAUGGUCAUAAUGGUAAAAUCGCAGCCGAAUAUUGUCGUACAUCACUUCCAUUCGAAAUCUAUACCCAUUUAGCAGAAACUCAAAAACGACACUCGCUCCACACAUCCAAAGAUAUACCAGAUCAACUUUAUAUGGAUACCAUCAAAGAUGGAUACUUGGCUACUGACCAUAGCUUUUUGGAGUAUGCCAGAAAAGAAGACAAAAAGGCUGGUACAACUGCUGCAACUGUAAUUUUAUUACGUGAUCGUAUUAUAGUUUCAAAUUGUGGUGAUACUGAAGUUAUUAUAAGCCAAAACGGAAAAGCCAAACCUUUGUCAACCCUCCAUUCUCCCAAAUUAGACACUGAACGUGAACGUAUCGAAAAAGCUGGUGGUGCCGUUAUUCACUAUGGUACACUAAGAGUAAAUGGUUUACUUUCAGUCUCUCGUUCUCUAGGUGACAAGAACCUCAAAGAAUAUAUCAUACCCGACCCAGAUUCUUUAAUCUACUCAACUGCUUCAAAUGAUCACGACUUUAUACUGAUUGCCACUGAUGGUCUUUGGGAAGUAUUCAAUUAUCAAGAUGUUGUUGAUUAUGUAUUCAAAUUAUUAUCAGAUACCUCCAUUUCAAAUGACGAUAUAUCAUCAAUAAUCAUAGAGGAAGCAAUCAAAAGAAAUUCAAAAGAUAACAUAACGCUAUUAAUAAUAUUUUUAAAUAAAUAAAAAUCAUCAUUAAAUCAUAAUAAGAAAUAAUUAGAUUAUAACAAUAAUAAUAUUAAAAAUAAUCAAACACAACCCAAAAAAAAGAUAAAAAACCCAAAAAAAAACAAAAAAACCAAAAAAAAAACCAAAAAAGUAAAUAAAUGAACCAAAAUCAUUUGAAAAUAAAAUUGACAUAUUUAAUUUAAACUU